AUGAGUUUUGAUGAUGAAAUUUGGAUUGAUGAUGAAAAAGAAGUUUGUAAAAUUGAAAAGUUAAAUGAAACUAAAUUUGCCACGAAAUUCAGAGUGGACCCCUUAUCCAAACAAGGAAUAGAUGAUCUUUUAGUAAUAUUAUUUAAAUUAAUAUUUUAGAUGCUAUCAGAUCUAAAUGAAUACAAUUGUCUGCAUAAUAUUCGAGUUAGAUACUUAAAGGAAUAAAUUUAUACAUAAAUUGGUUCUCCUAUUUUAGUAUCAAUAAAUCCUUAUGUUUUUCUACCAAAAAUUUAUAAUUAAGAAACACUUGCUUAUUAUAAAGUUAAGUUAGGGCAAAGCUAAGCAUCAUUAAAAACAAGUACAAAAUAGAAUGAAUUUCAACCUCAUUUAUUUAAAAUAGCAUAAUUAUAAUUUGAUCAAUUAUUUGAGAGUCCAACAAAGGAAUUAAGAAUAUGUUCAAUGAUUAUUUCAGGGGAAAGUGGUUCUGGAAAAACAGAAUCAACUAAAAUAUUAUUAAAAUAUUUAGCAGCUGAAUCAAAAAGUGGUUUAUUUAGAACAAUUUAAUAAGGUUAAACGAUAGAAUAAUAAAUUUUUGCUUCUAAUCCUGUUCUAGAAGCAUUUGGUAAUGCUAAAACAGCCAGAAAUGAUAAUUCUAGUAGAUUUGGAAAAUUUAUGCACUUAUAUUUUAAUGCAGAUACUAAAAGAGUAAGUACUGCUAAAAUAGAUAAAUAUUUAUUAGAAAAAAGUAGAGUUGUUAAAAUAAGUUCUUAAGAAAGAAAUUAUCAUAUUUUCUAUUAGAUUAUAGGAGCAUAAAUUCCAGAAUUAUGUAUAUUAUUGUUAUUAUUAAAGAGCUUACAUCACCUUCCAAAUAUGAAUAUUUAAAAAAUGGAGAUCUAUCUUAUAAUAGAAAUGAAAAAUAAGAAUUUGAAGAAACAGAUAUAUGUUUAGAUAAUUUAAAUUUUAGUCCUAAUGAAAAAAAAUAUAUUUAUCAUACACUUGCAGGAUUAUUACAUCUAGGAAAUGUUAAAAUUGAAUAUGAUUAAGUCAAGUCUACAUUAAAACUUGAUAAUUCACUCAAAAUUGCAUCAGAAUUAUUAGGAAUUCAAAUUUAAUAACUUGAUGAUUUAAUUUGUAAAGUCUUUACUUCAGUUGGAAAAGAAAUUGUGACUAAAAACAAUAAUUUAGAAAAUGCUUAAAGUGCAAGAGAUACAUUAGCAAAACAUAUAUAUGAAAAACUUUUUAAUUGGUUAAUAGAUAAAAUUAAUUAACAAUUACUUAAUAUUAAAUCUUUAAGCUUUUAGAAUUAAUAGUAACCUUAAUUAACUAAACAUAUGAUAGGUAUAUUAGAUAUAUUUGGAUUUGAAAUAUUUACUGAUUUAAAUGGAUUACAUACAAAUAGUUUUGAGUAAUUAAAUAUCAAUUUUACAAAUGAAAAAUUAUAACAACAUUUUAAUUUAUAAAUGUUUGUAACUGAGUAGAAAGAAUAUGAUUAAGAAUCAAUAAAAUGGUAAUAAAUAAAAUUUCCAGAUAAUAAGAAAAUUAUAGAUUUGAUAGAAAAUUCUUCAGUCUCAAUUUAUAAAAUGCUCAUUGAUUAAACUAUUGUGUAAAAUCGAGGUGAUAAAGAAUUUUUAAGUUCUUUAAAAUAAUUACCUAAAGAUAAUUUGGUUUUGGUUAGUGAUUUGUAAACUGCUGAAAUUGAGCCUAGAUUUGAUAAAAAAAUACAUAGAGUAGCAAAAUUUGAUUGGUUUUGUUUAAAACACUUUGCUGGUGCUGUUGCUUAUAAUGUAGCUGGAUUUGUUGAAAAAAACAGAGAUUCUAUAAAUGGAGAGGUUUUUAAAAUUUUACCUAAUAGUACAAAUCCAGUUUUAAAGGAGAUAUGGUCUAAUGUCUCAAAUGAUUAUUAAAAUAUGAAACUAAACAAUGUUGUAACUAAAUUUUAGAACUCAUUAAAAGAAUUGUUAAAUUUAUUAAAUAUGUCAAUUCCAAAAUUUAUAAGAUGUAUUAAGCCAAAUAAUUUUAAAUAACCAUUAACAUUUGAGGCAUCAGAAGUUAGGAGAUAAAUGACAUGUGCAGGAUUAAUGGAAGCAAUUUAAAUAAGAAAAGCAGGAUAUGAAAUUCGAUUAAAACAUAUUGAUUUUAUUAAAAAAUAUUAACAUCUUGUUAAUAAAAAUUUUAAGAAUAUCAAAAAUAUUGAAGAAAUGUUUAAACUUUUAGGAGAAAAUUAAAAAAUAGGUUAAUUUUUAAAAGAAUAAUAAAAUUAAUUAAGUUAUCAAAUGGGAAAAACUAAAAUAUUUAUGAAAUAACAUUUCAGAGAAUUCUUUGAUACUUUGUUAAUUGAAUUUCGAUUGAAAUAUAUUGUAAAAAUUUAGAAAUAGUUUAGAAUAUAUAAAAAUUUAAGAAUAAUGAGAACUAAAUUAAAAUAAUUACAUAAUAAAUUAAUAAAAUUAAAAAGAGCAAUUAAAAGAUUUUUAUUUAGGAAGUCAAUUGAAAAAAGAAUUUUAUUAAGAAAAAAGAUAAAUUCUUUAUCAACAUAAUGGUUAAAAAUUUAAUCAAAGCUUAAUAAAUAAUAUUCAUUUAAUUAAAUAAAGAUUAAAGUUAAAGAAAUGAUCGAAUUGGAAUAAGCUUAGCUAUUGGAAGAUGUAGAAAUAAUUGAUUAAUCAAUGGAAUUUAGCAAAAUUAUUAGUAUAGAGCCAAGUUAAGUUUAGAAGGAUUAAAAAAGUGAAAUGUAAAAAGAGACUUAGUAGAUUGAACUUUAAAAAAAAUAAGAAUUUGUUGAAAUUAAAAAAGAUAGUAAAUAAAAAGGAGCAUUUUUGAAAUAAACAGUUAUUGCAUAACCUAAAACUCAAGAUGUAAAAAAUGAAGAAAUAAAAAAUUAAGAAAAAAAAAAUGAAGAAGAGAUGAAAGUAUAAGUGUUGGUAUAAUAAAAGGAAAUGUAAUUUUAUGAGGGGAAAUUAAAUUAAUUAAUGAAAGAAUUAGAUGAUGAAAAGAAAAAAAGAGUUGUAAGUGAAUAAGAAAAUUAAAAGUUGUAAUAAUCAAUAAAAUAAUAAUAAUAAUUUGAUAUAGGUGAUGAUAAAAAUAGAGAGUAAAUUUAAAAAUUGGAAAAUGAGAUAUUUAAAAGGGAUUAAAUAAUUCGUGAUCUUAAUAUUAAAUUAAAUGAGUAUUCAAAGUAAAUGAAGCAUUCUAAUGAUAUAAAUCGAAUAUCAGAAGUUUAGAAUUAAAGGGUUAACUAAUUAGAGGGUGAACUUCAGAGGAAAAAUGAAUUUAUAAAAUUAUAAUAAGAUUUAAUAAAAUCGUUAAAUCAGGGUUGGAGAUUGAAAAUAUUAGAAAAUGAAUGUUUGUUCAAUCACUAUAAUUUAAAGACUUAUCAAGAGAGAUUAGUAAAAUAUAUAAUAUUAUAUUUAGCCAAUUUACGAAAAAUUCGAGAUUACACAAAUGGUGUAGACAGGGGAUUUACUUUAAAAAUAAAUAAAGGAUCUUUAAUUAUAGAUUUCCUAAUAAGAAUAGUCGUUAUAAAAGUCUAAAAUGACUUAAUGAAAUA